AAAUGGGAGCACUAUAAAAUUGAGUCACAACCCACUUGGCCCGUCAAAAGCGAAAGGACCCGCCUAACUCUUAACGAGUCCUAACCCCAAAAAUACACCACAAACCCUCUCCGGCCUCCCCUCACAGUCUUCUCGAAUCUUCAUCUCUCGGGCAAAACUAUCAUCUCCCCUUACAAUUCACCACUCAAAACCCAAAAUUAGGGUUUUAAUUCGUCCAUUUCUCCUACCAAUCUGCACAAUUUGCAUGCCAUGCCGCGGCCACGCCUCGACCGCUUGGCUUUUUAGGGUUCCGCUUGAACUGUCCGAUGCCGAAUCACAAAUCGUCCAGAGGGGCUCAAUUGGGUGAAGUCAUGUCGAAUUCGAAGCCUGGGGUCGACCAGGAGUCGUGUUCGAGAUCGAUCAGCGAGACUGUCAAUGGGUCUCACCGGUUCACGAUAAAGGGGUAUUCUUUGGCCAAAGGGAUGGGUGCCGGAAAGUACAUAAUGAGCGAUACGUUUACGGUGGGUGGCUACGAUUGGGCAAUUUACUUCUACCCCGACGGCAAAAAUCCUGAGGAUAGUUCCACGUACGUCUCCGUUUUCAUUGCUCUGGUCAGUGAGGGUACGGAUGUGAGGGCUUUGUUCGAGCUGACUUUGGUGGACCAGACCAAGAGUGGGAAGGACAAGGUGCAUAGCCACUUUGAUCGCGCGCUCGAGAGCGGGCCGUACACGUUGAAGUACAGAGGCAGCAUGUGGGGUUACAAGAGAUUUUUCAAAAGAUCAGCCCUCGAAACUUCUGAGUUUCUAAGGGAUGAUUGCCUUGUAUUGAACUGCACUGUUGGAGUUGUCAGAACUCGCCUUGAGCGACCAAAACAAUUUUCAAUUACUGUACCAUCAUCAGACAUGGGUCAAGAUCUUAAGGACUUUCUAGACUCUGAAGCUGGUUGUGACAUAGUUUUUCAGGUUGGCGAUGAAUUGUUUAAAGCUCACAAGUUGAUACUUGCUGCCCGUUCUCCUGUAUUUAGAGCACAGUUUUUUGGACUUGUCGGGGAUUGUAGCAUAGAUAAAGUAGUUGUGAAGGAUGUUGAGCCCUUUAUCUUCAAGGCAAUGCUUCUGUUUAUUUACACGGACAAACUUCCUGAUGUACACGAAGUUAUGGGCUCAUCACCAUUGUGCACAUUCACUGUCAUGGUGCAGCAUCUUUUGGCUGCUGCGGACCUGUAUAAUCUAGAACGACUGAAAGUAUUGUGUGAAUCAAAGUUGUGUGAAGAAAUCACUACUGAAACAGUUGCGACCACACUUGCUCUAGCUGAACAACAUCACUGUCCGCAGCUCAAGGCUGUGUGCUUAAAAUUUGCAGCAAAUCCUGCAAACUUAGGAGCUGUGAUGCAAUCAGAUGGGUACAAGCAUCUAGAAGAGAGCUGCCCCUCAAUGUUGCUGGAGUUGCUAGAGACAUUUGCAGCAGUGGAUGAGAGUUCAAGUCUUCUGUCAAGUAGGAAGAGGAGUGGCAGCAGCAUAUAUGGGCUAGACUUGCCAGCAGAUGGUGGCGGGGCUGUAGCAGAAUCAGCAAAUCCCAAUGGAAGGCGUGUGAGGCGGCGGUAUUAGUGUAUGUAGUUACCUUUAGGUGCCACAAACCUGAAAGGAGUGGUCUUAGGAACAAAACGGUAGUUAUGAAUGGCAUGCGGAUAAUAGUCACUUAUCAUUUCCCAUUGUGUUAGACACUCCUUGUAUAAAGUUUCGAUGUCAUUUCCUUUGUUAUAUCAGGUUUGGUGGGUGGCUCUUUUGGAAGUGAACUGAGAUUUGAAUGUGUUACAUUGUGCUUCAUGUAGAAUUUGUAGGUAGACUGUCAUUUUGAAUGGAAUUAUAUUAUUACAGAAAUGGCUCUAAA